GACAAGAACAGGGCGAGAGAUGGCAAACCCGCCCCACACUCGCCGGUUGUCAUCCUAGGUUUAGGAGAGAUGUAACGACACCGUUUCAUCAUUGUAUAUUGGUGAGAUCUAUAAAAGACAAAGCUCGUCUCUCUUCCUUCUUUCUUGCACUACUGUUAGAGAGAGAGAGAGAGAGAGAGAGAGAGAAGAGAUCGGUUUGGCACUGGGAAUCAACAAUGUUCUACAGAGGUAGAUAUGGAGAUGUUGGUGAUGGGCGUGAAAUGGGUUCGAAACGACAGCGUGUGAUUGAUCAGAGUUCUUCAUUUUAUGGGACUUCUCCUGGUUCAAGUUUUAUGUACAAUCCUCCUCCUUACUCCUAUAUUGGCCAGCCACCUCCUUUUCCUGUUGUCCGACUGCGUGGACUUCCAUUUGAUUGCUCAGAAACGGAUAUUGCAGAGUUCUUCCAAGGUUUUGACAUAGUUGAUGUUCUUUUCGUCCACAAGAAUGGUAAAUUCACUGGGGAAGCUUACUGUGUUUUGUCAUACCCUCUUCAAGUUGAUUUUGCUCUUCAGAGGAAUAGGCAGAACAUUGGCAGGAGAUAUGUUGAGGUUUUUAGAAGCACAAGACAGGAAUACUACAAGGCCAUAGCAAAUGAAGUUUCAGAUUCUCGUGGUGGUUCACCUCACCGAAGUGCGCCGAGAGCAAAAUCGUCUGAUGAUGCAAAAGAAUCUGCUGAACACACAGGGGUAUUGCGGUUGAGGGGAUUGCCAUUCUCAGCUGGCAAGGAUGAUAUUAGUGAUUUCUUUAAGGAUUAUGUUCUUUCAGAAGACUCAAUUCAGAUUGCAGCUAAUUCAGAAGGAAGGGCAACUGGGGAAGCUUUUGUGGAAUUUGCAAGUGCGGAAGAUUCAAAAGCUGCAAUGGCAAAGGAUAGGAUGACACUUGGGAAUCGAUAUAUAGAGCUUUUCCCUUCUUCGCAUGAGGAGUUGGAUGCAGCAGCUUCAAGGGGCAGAUUGAACGUUUCGAGUAAGCCAAAAUCUUUUGACGAGGGGAAGGACGCAGAUGAAUGGACGGGGGUGUUGCGAAUGAGGGGAUUGCCAUUUUCAGCCAGCAAGGAUGACAUUCUGGAUUUCUUCAAAGAUUUCAUGCUGUUAGAAGAUGCAAUUCACUUGAUCUCUAAUCCAGAGGGAAGGCCAACUGGUGAAGCAUUUGUGGAUUUCGCUAGCGCAGAAGCUUCAAAAGCAGCUAUGGCUAAGGACAGGAAAACGCUUGGGAGUCGUUACAUAGAGCUGUUCCCAUCAUCUGCCGAGGAGUUGAACGAAGCGGUUUCAAGGGGACGGUGACUUCAUGUUUUUACCCGUCUACUUUGAUAUUCUCUGUACUGAUGAUAUUGCAUAUUAUGGAUUGUAAUGUUUAGCAUGUUGCUUUUGUAUUUUACUUGAGCUAUGAAGAUGUGAAUGUUUCUUUUGUUGUCUCAACAGCAAAACAAAGUUGGGAAUAUUAAUAAGCUCUCUGUAUUUUCUUAAGACUAUAAUAUCAAUCUUUGUUCAUGUUUUAACUUGAGCUA